AUGACCAGGAGUUCUGGGUCUAACAACCUAGUCCCUUUAGAUCCAGAAAUCGAGAAAUCCGCCAAACGCAUUCGGAAGAAGAAGAAACAACAGAAGAAGAUGGAGGAACGUGCUUUAGCUGUCGAGAAUGACAAUGACACUUAUGGGGCAUAUCUUCAGCCCAAAUACACUCAACAACUCUCAUGCAUUCGCCGGCCCGAUAUCGAUUGCAAUAAAUUUGAAUUCCAGCCGGCAUUCAUCAGUAUGCUCAGCUCAUCGGCAUUUAGGGGUAGACCUAAUGAAGAUCCAAUCCCCCAUCUGACUCGAUUCAAACUGCUAUACCAGUCUGUGAAGACGGUUCAAGGAGUCACCGCUGAGUCACUCAUGCUAAUGGCUUUUCCAUUCUCCCUAAUGGACGCUGCAUUAGAAUGGCUCUACACAUUGCCACCAGAUUCCAUCAUCUCUUGGGAUCCGAUGCAAGAGAAGUUCAUGCAGCGAUUCUUCCCUGCCAGCAAAACCCAGCUCGCGAAGCAACAAAUCAACUCUUUUAUGCAGGAACCUGAUGAAUCUUUGUGCGAGACUUGGGAUCGUUUUCUUGGAUAUCAGCGCCUCUGCCCUCAUCACGGUUUGGACAAGAGGUACCUUAUCUCCACUUUCUUACAGGGUCUAAAGGAAGAUACUCGAGUCCUCAUUCGAGUUGCCUGUGGAGGAAGCCUCAAUGAGAAGUCUUUUGACUUCAUCGAACAACAAAUCACUAAGAUGGCUAACGAGUGCGCUCCUUCCCACGAAUUCGUCAGAAAUAUUGGCUUUAAAGACAACCGUACAGGUAAGGAAAGUCCAUCUGAGAUACAUGCUAUACGUGCAGAGCUUGCCAAACUUAGAAUGCAGGUAGAAAACGCCCAUCAAAUCACUGAUCUAGACGCACCACGAGACGAGUACGUGCACGAGGAUGUCAGCUACGUCGCCAACAAUCCGUACUCGAACACGUACAACCCAGGUUGGAGGAAUCACCCAAACUUCUCAUACAAGAACUCCUCCAACGCUCUAAAUGCACAGCACAACAAUUUCGGUGAACAUCAGCAGAAGACCGAUGCCCAUCUCAAGCUAGUCGAUAACCAGAUAGCGCAACUUGCUGCCUCUGUCCCUUCGCGACCUCAGGGAUCACUUCCUGGGAACCCGGAAGCAAACCCCCGAGAACACUGUAACGCUGUAUCCUUGCGCAAUGGCAAAGAGCUCGCUAACCCUGUCAUCACAUCUACAGAAAAAGGUCAGUGCUCUAACUCUGUCCCUACAUCUCUUCCUGACCCCAUAGUUGUUGAAAAAUCGACAGAGAUCUCGGGUGAUGAAGAACGCGACGUAUACAUUCCACCGCCGCCACGUCCGCCUCCAGUUCCUUUCCCUCAACGACUCAGGAAAACUAAAGAAGACACCCAAUUUGCUCGAUUUGCUGACAUGGUGCGUAAGUUGGAAAUCACUAUGCCGUUCCACGAGGUUAUCACUCAGAUGCCAUCCUAUGCCAAAUUCCUGAAGGACAUUCUCACAAAGAAGCGUGUCAUCGAGAAGGAAACCAUCACGUUUAAUCCCGAGUGCAGCGCCAUUCUUCAACACGAUCUGCCACCGAAAUUGUCGGAUCCAGGUAGCUUCUCGAUUCACUGCAAAUUGGGAAAUGUUUCUAUAGAUCGUGCUCUUUGUGAUUUUGGUGCCAGUGUAAGUCUCCUACCACUCUCCAUCUACAAGAAACUCAACGUAGGAGAACUCAAACCGACUCGCAUGGCUCUUCAACUAGCUGAUCGUUCUAUCAAAUACCCUCUGGGUAUUCUCGAGGACGUUCCGCUGAAAGUAGGCGAUUACUACGUACCGGUCGAUUUCGUUGUGCUUGACAUGGACGAAGAAGCCAAAAUCCCGAUUAUUCUAGGCCGGCAAUUCUUAAUGCCAUUGUCCACGUUCGUGUCGGCCGACUGA